AAUGAUUAGAAUUUUAACUAUUGCAAUAUGUAUUACUAUUAUUUUUGGAUCAUUCGUCAAAGAAUAAUAAGCAAUCAAUAACAUAGAAGUAAUUUAAAUUGAAAUUCAUUUUUCAGUGUACUUACGUGGAAUACAAAAGACCAGAAAUAUUUUAUGUUACAGGAACAGGAUCUCUAAGCGUUGAACCUACAAUAGCCUCUGUCAAUUUUGCAAUAGAGAUUUAAAAUGAACUUGCAGAAGUUGCUUUGAAUACUGCCAAUAAAAUAUAAACGUAAGCAUUUAAGUAAAUACAUCUUAAAAAUUUAAUAGAUCAUUGUAAUCAGUUGACACAACAAAUACUGGAGUGAAGAUUUCAACUACUUAAUUUUAGAUGUUCCCUCAUUCAGAAUAUGAUUAUCCUUAUAAUGGAAAUGCUUAACUAAAAUUCUAGGGAUAUAAAGUAAUCAUUAACCAAAAAUUGGAAACCCCUAAUUUGAAAAUAGUUGGAAAAUUGAUUGAUGCUGCCAUCAAUGCAGGAGUAACUACAAUUAACAAUGUUUCCUUUGAUAUCAAACCAGAAUAAAAGUCUGAAUUGAAAGAUUAAAUUCUCUAAUUAGCCAUCAAAGAUGCAACAAAUAAAGUAUGUCUAUUAAUUAAAUUCGAUAGGCUGAAAUUACAUUAAAAGCUUUGGAUAUGAAAAUUCAUUCCAUUAAAAGUAUUUCCAUCAAUUAAUCAUAUGCACCAAGACCUGUAUAUGAAGAUCAAGCAUUAAUGAAGGAGACACUUAUUGGUGCUGCUCCAACUGAAAUCUUUGCUUAAGAAUAAAACUUAUAACAUUCAGUCACUGUAGGAUUUAUCAUUGUUCCUAUUGAUCAAUGAA